GCCCGGCCGCCGCGCGUGCUUGUAGUUGCAGGAUCGAUGGGGAUAGUGCGGGUCGCGGAGGAUGUGGAGGCCGGGCUGGUUGGCGCCGGUGGUGGCGCAGGGAGCGAGGUGACGGAGCCGCUUCUCCGGCAGUACCGCCGCAAGGAGGAUGAUGAAUCCACGAUCCCGGACGAGGACGCGGCGGCGGAGUGCGGCGGUGGGGAGGGAGCGCUGCGGAUGGUCCACCUCUCCACUGCCGUCGCCGUCUGCGGCUCCUUCGAGUUCGGCACCUGCGUUGGCUAUUCUGCACCCACACAGUCAGGGAUAGUGGAUGAAGUCGGUCUAUCCAUCUCUGAGUUUGCAAUUUUUGGAUCUAUAUUGACAAUUGGAGCAAUGACUGGUGCUGUUACUAGCGGGCGCUUAGCAGAUUUUCUUGGACGUAAAAUGACCAUGCGGAUAGCAGCUACUAUUUGCAUCUUUGGUUGGCUUUCUAUACACUUGGCUAAGAGUGCUAUCAUGCUCUACUUUGGUAGAAUCUUACUGGGCUUUAGCACUGGAGUUCUUUCUUAUGUGGUCCCUGUGUUUAUUGCUGAAAUAGCUCCAAAGAAUCUCAGAGGGGGCCUUACAACUUCAAACCAGUUGUUGAUAUGUUUUGGGAGUUCAGCUACAUACAUAAUAGGGGCGCUAGUUGCAUGGCGCAAAUUGGUACUAGUAGGUUUAGUGCCUUGUGUUCUCCUGCUAGCUGGGCUUUUCUUCAUUCCAGAGUCACCGAGAUGGCUGGCCAAUGUUGGAACGGAGAAAGAAUUUCACACUGCAUUGCAAAAGCUGAGGGGAGAGAGUGCUGACAUUUCUGAAGAGGCAAUUGAGAUUAAAGAAUAUAUUGAGUCACUCCGUAGCUUUCCAAAGGCUAGGCUUCAAGAUUUGUUUCUGAGCAAAAAUAUAUAUGCAGUCAUUGUGGGUGCUAGCUUGAUGAUUUUUCAGCAACUGGGAGGGAUAAAUGGUGUCGGCUUUUAUGCAAGCUAUAUCUUCACAUCUGCAGAAUUUUCUGGAAAACUUGGAACCAUCUUGAUUGGCAUUAUUCAGAUUCCAAUUACAUUGUUUGGGGCCAUUCUCAUGGAUAGGAGUGGAAGAAGGGUUCUUCUGAUGGUCUCCGCUUUUGGAACAUUUUUGGGCUGCUUCUUGACCGGAAUAUCCUUCUACCUAAAGGCACAAGGACUAUUCCCAGAAUGGGUUCCUGCAUUGGCUCUUUCCGGCAUACUGGUGUAUAUAGGGGCAUACUCAAUUGGAAUGGGUCCUGUCCCUUGGGUUGUCAUGUCUGAGAUAUUCUCAAUCAACAUGAAAGCAAUCGGUGGAAGCUUGGUGACCCUUGUUAGCUGGUUAGGUUCCUUCGCAAUUUCUUACUCGUUUAGCUUUCUCAUGGACUGGAGCUCAGCAGGGAUCUUCUUCAUGUUCUCUGCUGCGAGCCUGAUCACGAUACUGUUCGUGGCAAUGCUAGUACCCGAGACCAAAGGAAGAACACUCGAGGAGAUACAAGACUCUCUAAAUUCCAGAAGAUAAAGGAUAUACUACGCUGGAGGAUAAUUCUGAGAUGGAAAAUGAUGCACGCGUUGCUCUUCCCGCCUCAACUGCGGCCUUCACCAGCUGGUCUUUUGCCCAUUACAGAAGAUAAAAGAAGCAAUUUUCGCCGUCUCCCCGUUUCAUGUCCUUCUCACCUGCCUGCCUCCUUGGGACCCGGAUUCUCUGCAUUAAUACAUCAUUAAUGCAGAGGAUAACUGUUUAUACAGUAAAAUGAGUCUAAUGCUACAGUGCUGUGCAUUAGUUAAUCAUACAUUACUGUAGCAACAGUAAUCUGAUCAUGUGUACAGUCGUUCCGGUACUGUAGCACACUACUGUAGAGCACUGUAGCAUACGAAUCUGAUGCGUCCACCACGAAAUCAACGACUCAGGGCAGACCUAAACGCACUUUACUGUAGCUACAGUAGCCUCUCUGCAGUUGCCAGUAGCAACUGCAGAGGAUCCCGA